GUGCUGCCUCUGUCCCGCUAGUGAGCUCACUGUCUGCCCUGCUGUGCUGUCAGCCUUUCGCCGCCACUCCGCCUCCUCCUCCUUCGCACGCACGCCAAUUUACUACAACGAACCAACCAACUCACCAACACCACAAUACUACUUCUUGUGGCCACGUUCUCAGCAGGCCCGCUUGUACAUAGAGCUAGCCGUCUCUCGACCGGUCCCCGUGCGACAAGAAACCGCACCUUCCUUCCAGUAAUCAUCACCACUGCAUCACUCCCCCAGCAUACACCCACAGACAGCCAUGGCCGACUCCGCCCCCGUCAAGAUCAAGUUGCAGAGCAACGACCAGCACCUCAUCGAGGUUGACCAGCAGGUUGCCGAGCGCUCGCUUCUCAUCAAGAACAUGCUCGAGGAUCUCGGCGAUGCCGCCGUGGGCCAGACCAUCCCCAUCCCCAACGUCACCGAGCCCGUGCUGCGCAAGGUGAUUGAGUGGUGCGAGCACCACCGGAACGACCCUCCCUCGACCGGCGAGGAUGAUAACGACAACCGGAAGAAGACUACCGAGAUUGAGGAGUGGGACCAGAAGUACAUGCAGGUCGACCAGGAGAUGCUGUUUGAGAUCAUCCUCGCCAGCAACUACCUCGACAUCAAGCCCCUUCUCGACGUUGGCUGCAAGACCGUCGCCAACAUGAUCAAGGGCAAGUCCCCCGAGGAGAUCCGUAAGACGUUCAACAUCACCAACGACUUCACCCCCGAGGAGGAGGAGCAGAUCCGCCGCGAGAACGAGUGGGCCGAGGACCGGUAAAUGGCGGUUGGAGUGAGUUUAACUUUGCGUGGAUCGCGGGAGGGGCAGACAGGCACAGUUCAGCGGCCAUACUGCUGGUCACAAGCAGGCGGCUACAGAACGACCACACUUGAGGCGGCUCCGCCGUGGUUGAGCAUCGUAUUGGCGUUUGGGCUUCACAGUAACUGAUCAAUGAAAUAUUCAAUACCCAUCAAUGCACGUGCGUGCGUCGUGGUGAGUCACCGGGAGCGACUGCAGCGACGGGUGUCCAGAACGCAACCGCUGGAGCAAUCUGCAAGAAGUUGAUGCCAGCGCCUAGAAGAGCGUACCACGAGAUAAAGUGAGGGGCAUGGCGUAUGCUGAAUCUCAUAUGGUGCACUGCAAAAACCCAAUAUUCAGAUCGCGUGCACUACCCAAUCGUCUUUGAUUCGAAAGCAGAGUUGCGC